AAGAAAGCCAAGAAGAGGAUAGAAGGCGGAAGCUCCAACGUGUUCUCCAUGUUUGAGCAGGCCCAGAUCCAGGAGUUCAAGGAGGCCUUCACAAUCAUGGACCAGAACAGAGAUGGCUUCAUUGACAAGAAUGACCUGAGGGACACAUUUGCUGCCCUAGGACGCGUGAAUGUGAAAAACGAAGAGAUUGAUGAAAUGAUCAAGGAGGCUCCGGGCCCGAUCAACUUCACUGUGUUUCUCACCAUGUUUGGGGAGAAACUUAAAGGGGCUGACCCCGAGGAGACCAUUCUCAACGCAUUCAAGGUGUUUGACCCCGAAGGCAAAGGGUCGCUGAAGGCUGACUAUGUCCGGGAGAUGCUGACCACACAAGCAGAGAGAUUCUCCAAAGAGGAGAUCGACCAGAUGUUCACAGCCUUUCCCCCAGAUGUCACCGGCAAUCUCGAUUACAAGAACUUAGUCCACAUCAUCACCCACGGGGAAGAGAAGGACUGA